AUGCAAAGGUGUUGGGCGGAGGAGAACGAGAAGGCGCUGGCGAUGCUGCCGGCGACGCUGAAGAGAAUCGACGCGGUGGAGGACCUUAAAGAGAGGAUAGAGCUGCUGGUUAAGGGCGUGCUGGCUGGAAACAUCUUCGACCUGGGCGCCAACAACUCCGCAGCGUUGGUGGAGGGCGAGGGGCUGUCGUUCGAAAAGAGCUUUCAGGAGCUGCUGCCGCGCCCGUGGGUGUUUGACCACGUGGCUGAGUUCCAGAAGGCGUGGCUCGACCGCACGUGGAAGAAGGUGGUGGUCUUUUGCGACAACUCGGGAGCAGACCUGGUGUUGGGAGUUUUGCCGCUGGUGAGGGAGCUGGUGAGGCAAGGCGCACAGGUGGUGGUGGCGGCUAAUGACAUGCCCUCCAUCAAUGAUGUCACCUACAACGAACUCCUGUCGCUUGUCCAAAAGGUGCAAGUGACAGUAGAGGACGAGACUAUAAGCGCAGGCAUCGACAGCGGGCGACUUCUUAUUGUCAACUCAGGCAGUGAUGUUCCUGUUGCUGACCUGGCGCACAUAUCUCCUGAGCUGGCAUUUGCUGCUGAAGAUGCUGAGCUGGUCAUUAUGGAGGGCAUGUGUUUGGAUGGUGACAUGUACGCGACACUGGUGACAUGUGCUGUGGCACUGGUGGCAUGUGCUGUGGCACUGGUGGCAUGUGCUGUGGCACUGGUGGUGACAUGUGCUGUGGCACUGAUGGCAUGUGCUGUGGCACUGGUGGCAUGUGCUGUGGCACUGGUGGCAUGUGCUGUGGCACUGGUGGCAUGUGCUGUGGCACUGGUGGCAUGUGCUGUGGCACUGGUGGCAUGUGCUGUGGCACUGGUGGCAUGUGCUGUGGCACUGGUGGCAUGUGCUGUGGCACUGGUGGCAUGUGCUGUGGCACUGGUGGCAUGUGCUGUGGCACUGGUGGCAUGUGCUGUGGCACUGGUGGCAUGUGCUGUGGCACUGGUGGCAUGUGCUGUGGCACUGGUGGCAUGUGCUGUGGCACUGGUGGCAUGUGCUGUGUCACUGGUGGCAUGUGCUGUGGCACUGGUGGCAUGUGCUGUGGCACUGGUGGCAUGUGCUGUGGCACUGGUGGCAUGUGCUGUGGCACUGGUGGCAUGUGCUGUGGCACUGGUGGCAUGUGCUGUGGCACUGGUGGCAUGUGCUGUGGCACUGGUGGCAUGUGCUGUGUCACUGGUGGCAUGUGCUGUGGCACUGGUGGCAUGUGCUGUGGCACUGGUGGCAUGUGCUGUGGCACUGGUGGCAUGUGCUCUGGCACUGGUGGCAUGUGCUCUGGCACUGGUGGCAUGUGCUGUGGCACUGGUGGCAUGUGCUGUGGCACUGGUGGCAUGUGCUGUGGCACUGGUGGCAUGUGCUGUGUCACUGGUGGCAUGUGCUGUGGCACUGGUGGCAUGUGCUGUGGCACUGGUGGCAUGUGCUGUGGCACUGGUGGCAUGUGCUGUGUCACUGGUGGCAUGUGCUGUGGCACUGGUGGCAUGUGCUGUGGCACUGGUGGCAUGUGCUGUGGCACUGGUGGCAUGUGCUGUGGCACUGGUGGCAUGUGCUGUGGCACUGGUGGCAUGUGCUGUGGCACUGGUGGCAUGUGCUGUGGCACUGGUGGCAUGUGCUGUGUCACUGGUGGCAUGUGCUGUGGCACUGGUGGCAUGUGCUGUGGCACUGGUGGCAUGUGCUGUGUCACUGGUGGCAUGUGCUGUGGCACUGGUGGCAUGUGCUGUGUCACUGGUAACAUGUGCUGUGGCACUGGUGGCAUGUGCUGUGGCACUGGUGGCAUGUGCUGUGGCACUGGUGGCAUGA